AUGGCUUGCAGCUCCGGUUGUUGUGGGAAGCCAGCUUCACCUCCUCCUCCCGAGCAGCCUAACUCCAACCCCGCUUCCACUCCGGACCAGGAUGAUGGGGACAGCUGCUGCGACGGCGCGAACACGAUAGCCGGCGAGAACUCCGACCAGCCCGGCCUUGCUGGCGCCGCGCGUGAUGAGCCUAUCGAGGAGGACGACUGCUGCGCUCCCAAGCCAUCAGCGCCCGGCUGCAACAACAAGGGCUGCUGCUCUGCGCCUGCGCCUGCGCCUGCGCCUGUGCCGAAGCCGCCGCGACCCGAAGACAUACACAAGUCCAGCUGCUGCGAGGGCAAACCAGCUCCCUGCUGCGACCAGUCCUGCCUCGAUCGCCUCGCACUGCGCGAAUGCGAGAAGUACGCGUGCGACCUUACAGCCGACAGUUCGACUAUCUCCACCUGCGGCCGAGCUAAGGACGGCAAGCCGUGCGCCGAGCAUGCGAACAAGGCCCGCCUGACGUACGCAGAGAGACUCGAGGCUCUCGGCUGUAUCUGCCGUGCCCUGAUCGCCCUCGGACAAGAGUCUUGCUGCCUGCCUUCUCGCCGUCCGUCCACCGGCAGCGCUCGCCGCCGCCGCCGCCGCUCUAAGGAGUCAGCGUUGCGUUCCCGCACAUCUGCCGAUUCGUGCUGCGUUGCUAGCGGCGCGGAUGCAGCCUGUUGCUCCACCAAGAAGCGACCGGGCUCAAGGAAAAAGAAUGAAUGUCGCAGCUCCUCCGAUGGGACGGAGGCUGCCGCUCCUGAGCCUCCUAGAAUUGCGGGCUCUUGCGCUGAUUCCUGCUGCGCCGAAGAGCGACCGGUCGGUCACGUCAAUGAGGUGAAGGAAUUUCUUUCGGACGUAGCGAACGCCACCACCGAUCUCGAGAAGGCUUUCGCGCGAAAUGAAAAGGAACACGUCAUUCUCAGCAUCUCUGGUAUGACGUGCACUGGUUGUGAGACAAAACUAGUCCGGACCCUCGGCGUCCACCCGGCGGUCAGGAAUCUGAAGACCAGUUUGGUCCUUUCUCGCGCCGAGUUUGACGUGAUCGGUGCUGCUUCUGUGGUCGACGUCAUGAAGCAUCUCGAGAGAACGACUGAGUUUAAGUGCGAGAGGGUUACGAACAAAGGCUCAAGCCUCGAUAUCCUCGCUCCGGAUGGCGAUGCGGCCGCUCUCAUCAACCGACCUUGGCCGGACGGGGUUACCGAAGUCAGACUCGUGGACAAAAAGACCGUCAAUGUCAGCUUCGACCCCAAGAUCAUUGGAGCUCGGGAUCUCGUUCGACACGGUUGGGGCGACGGCCAGGUCAAUCUCGCGCCGCCCCGCCCCGACCUCACGCUCGAAGCAGGCAGUAGGCAUGUUCGUCACGUCGGCUACAUGACCUUACUCUCCGCGUGCCUUACUGUCCCUGUUCUGGUUAUGGCUUGGGCUCCGCUUCCCGAACGCGACAUCGCGUACGACUCGGCAUCCUUGGCAUUGGCAACGAUCGUUCAGUUCGUCAUCGCGGGACCCUUUUACCCGAAGGCCCUCAAGAGUUUCAUAUUCUCAAGAAUCAUUGAAAUGGACUUGCUCAUUGUUUUGAGCACUAGCACGGCUUACAUAUUCUCGCUGGUCUCGUUCGGCUACCUCGUAUCGGGCCGGCCACUGCCGACGGGCGAAUUCUUCGAAACGAGCACCCUGCUGGUCACCCUGAUCAUGGUCGGCCGAUGGGUCGCUGCCUUGGCCCGUCAAAAAGCCGUGAAGUCCAUCUCCGUACGAUCUCUGCAGACCCCUACCGCCCUCCUCGUGAACGACGACGGAGAGGAAACGGAGAUCGACGCCCGCCUUCUUCAGUAUGGGGAUGUUUUUAAGGUCGUUCCUGAUUCGAGAAUCCCUACCGAUGGCACGGUAGUGUCAGGCUCAUCCGAAGUAGACGAGUCCAUGAUCACCGGUGAGUCCAGGCCGGUGGAGAAACACGCCAGAUCUCCAGUCAUUGCCGGAUCGGUGAACGGAUCGGGCACGCUGCGCGUUCGGGUGACGCGACUCCCUGGCGACAAUACUAUUAGUACCAUCGCCGGCAUGGUCGACGAGGCAAAGUUAUCUAAGCCAAAAAUCCAGGACCUCGCAGACCGUGUUGCGAGCUACUUUGUCCCGGUUGUCGUUGCCCUGACGAUUAUCACGUUGGCUGUCUGGAUUGCCAUCGGUGUUGCUGUUCGCCAACAACCGGGAAAGGAGGCUACGGUUCGAGCAAUCACCUACGCAAUCGCAGUCCUGAUCGUGUCUUGCCCCUGUGCUAUUGGCCUUGCGGUCCCUAUGGUCAUCGUCAUUGCGAGCGGUGUUGCCGCCGAGCGAGGUGUCACUUUCAGAUCGGCGGAGAGCAUCGAGGUCGCCCAUAGGACGUCUCAUGUUAUUCUCGACAAAACCGGCACCAUCACCGAAGGCAAGCUAUCAGUGGCUCGAGAGUGGUAUGCGGAAGGUAACCAAGACACCACCAAGUCACUGCUUCUCGGCCUGGUAGGGAGCAUCAAACACCCCGUCUCUGCUGCCGUAGCAACCCACCUAAAGACGCAAGGCGUGUCUCCCUCACUGGUAUCUGAGCCGAAGACCCUGACAGGAAGGGGUGUCGAAGGCGUUGUCGAGGGGUCUGGCUCGCUCCUUCGGGCGGGUAAUUCACGGUGGCUCAACCUCGAUUCCGAUCCAGAAGUACAGUCGGUUUUGUCGCAAGGAUACACGGCAUUCUGCUUCACCAUCGCCGGUUCUGUUGCCGCAGUCUUUGGUCUCCAAGACUCGAUUCGACCAGACGCCGCUUCUACGGUCAAGACCUUGCUCGAACGUGGCAUAUCGGUCCACAUCAUCUCGGGCGACGACGACGGUGCCGUGCGCUCCGUAGGCGCACAGUUGGGCAUUGCCGAGACCAACCUCCGAUCUCGCUGUACCCCCUCUGACAAGCAAGCGUACAUUAAAGGACUUCUUGGGGGCACCCUCUCCCCGAAUCAAACCACAAAGCGCAAGAAGCCAGUCGUUCUGUUUUGCGGCGAUGGUACCAAUGACGCGGUUGCGCUAGCCCAGGCCACCAUCGGCGUGCACAUGAACGAGGGCGGGACCGACGUCGCCAACUCGGCGGCUGACGUCGUCCUCAUGCGCCCCAAGCUCGCCGGUAUCCUCACCAUCCUCGCCGUGAGCGAGAAGUCGAUUCGAAGGAUCGCCUUCAACUUCGGCUGGAGCUUUGUCUACAACCUCUUUGCCAUCCUGCUCGCCGCCGGCGCAUUUGUCCACGCCAGGAUCCCGCCCGAGCUUGCCGGCUUGGGCGAGCUGGUCAGUGUCUUGCCUGUCAUCGCUGCGGCCGUGAUGCUACGAUGGUCCAAGAUCUGA